UCGUUCACCACUCACGCGGGGAGCGAGGAUUUCAGAGGCGUGCGCGAUGCUGGCGACGCUGGCGACGCUGGUGAGGGUCGCGGCUCUGCGGAGAACCGGCCGUCUCUCCCGCCGGGGCGGCGGGAGGGGGCUGUGGACGGGCCGCCCGCAGUCAGAUACUGACAGUGUGAAGCCAUUGGAGGGUGUAAGAAUUCUGGAUCUAACAAGAGUACUGGCGGGACCUUUUGCUACUAUGAAUUUAGGAGAUCUUGGAGCAGAAGUUAUAAAAGUGGAAAGACCAGGAGCUGGUGAUGAUACACGAACUUGGGGUCCACCUUUUGUGGGGACAGAAAGUACUUAUUUUCUCAGUGUUAACCGAAAUAAAAAAAGUAUAGCUGUUAAUAUCAAGGAUCCAAAAGGGGUGAAAAUCAUCAAAGAGCUUGCAGCUGUUUGUGAUGUAUUUGUGGAAAACUAUGUCCCUGGCAAAUUGUCUGCAAUGGGGCUGGGCUAUGAAGAUAUAGACGUGAUAGCGCCUCACAUGGUCUACUGUUCCAUCACAGGGUAUGGUCAGACAGGUCCACUGUCUCAGCGGGCUGGGUACGAUGCUGUUGCCUCUGCUAUUUCUGGUCUGAUGCACAUCACAGGGCCCGAGGAUGGAGAUCCAGUUCGUCCAGGAGUGGCCAUGACUGAUCUUGCCACUGGCCUUUAUGCAUAUGGAGCCAUUAUGGCUGGAUUGAUACAAAGAUAUAAAACCGGAAAAGGACUGUUCAUUGAUUGUAACCUACUGUCAUCCCAGGUGGCAUGUUUGACUCACAUCGCUGCGAAUUAUCUUAUUGGCCAAGAGGAAGCACGGCGCUGGGGCACAGCUCAUGGAAGUAUUGUUCCUUACCAGGCUUUUAAAACCAAGGAUGGAUAUCUUGUAGUCGGAGCAGGAAAUAACCAACAGUUUGCUACUGUGUGCAAGAUCUUGAAUUUGCCUGAACUGAUUGAUGAUUCCAAGUAUAGAACUAACCGCCUUCGGGUACAGAAUAGAAAAGAGCUUAUUAAAAUACUAUCGACACGGUUUGAAGAAGAAAUGACCAGCAAGUGGUUACACCUCUUUGAAGGCAGUGGAGUCCCCUAUGGCCCAAUUAACAACAUGAAGAAUGUGUUUGCAGAACCCCAGGUGUCGCACAACGGCCUCGUUAUGGAGAUGAAACAUCCGACUGUGGGGAAGAUAUCAGUCCCAGAAAACCUGGCAUGGAGAAGCCUUACCCUUGGCAGUAGCUUGCGAAACACAGCGAAGGAAGUUUGUGAAACAAGCAGAAUACUGAAUACCUGCCGCGAAAAAGUCAUUACCAUCGCGAACCUGUCACAGACAAAGCCAGGCCCAGCUGUGAGAUACAGUGAGUUAAAGAUGUCAGAGGCCAACCCGCCCCCCCUGCUUGGGCAGCACACGACGCACAUCCUGAAGGAGGUCCUCAGAUACGAUGACAGGGCCAUCACAGAGCUGCUCAGCGCUGGAGUGGUGACCCAACAUGAGGUGUGUUGUCUUUAAUAUAGAGGAAAACUUCUGGAGAGGACCCUGGAGCAGCAGCUAACACUGCUAAAAUCAAGACUGAACCAUCAGAGAGUUACAUCAGGACGGAAGGUUUGUCCUUGGAUCAAAGCCUCCCCUGGGCGAGGCCUCUGGUACAUGCGUCCUGGUAGUGGCUGCAGUGGUCUGGGCCAUGUGGGAAACUCUGUUGUUAUCACAGACUCUUCCCAUGACUUCGGUGUAUCACUUCUUUUUGGUUUCCUCUCCUGUCAAACGAGCAUGCGAAUCUCUGACCCUGAGCUCAAUUAGAGAACCACCUUGCAAACCCUGGCUUUUAUUUAUGUGUGUGAGACUCAAGUGUAGCUCCUCAGGCAUGUUUUGUAUUCCACGGGGUGCCCCUCUCCUUAAUCCACCCCCUACACCCAGCCCCCCGGCCAGCAGUGACUCUCCAUGGUUUGCCAUGCAUGUCCUGGCACGUCAGGACACAUCAUUUGAAAUACCUGUUGGCCAUAUGUGGCAUCUCCUUAACGUGGAUAAGCUGGAUGCUCUGCAGGGAAGAGACCCUGAGGACUGUGCCCUCCAGGUGGUUUAUUUGUGUCCGCCCACCAGGGAAGCACAUCCUUUCCUAUUGAAAUGUGUGAAGGAAAAGUCCAUAGUACCUAGAGAGCCACGUGGCCCUAACUUUCUUCCUGAUCUUGUGGUAAUGUCCAUAAAGAAUGUUCUCCAGGAGGAAGAAUCAGUCAUUGUUAUGGACUGAAUGUUUCUGUCCCCCCACCCCUAAUACUCAUACAUUAGAGCCCUAACACCCCAUGUGACUGUAUUUGGAGGUAGAGCCUGAGAGGAAGUGAAAAAGGUUAAAUGAGGUCAUGGGGUAGGGCCCUAAUCUGACAAGGUUGGUGCCUUUAUAAGAAGAAGGAGAGAUACCAGUGCUUUCUCUCUCCACCAUGUAAGACCACAGCAAAAAGGCAUCUGUCUGCAAAUCAGAGAGAGAGUUCUCACCAGAAUUUUAACCUGCCGGACCUUGAUCUGGGACUUCUAAUGUUCAGAACUGUGAGAAAAGACGUUUCUGUUGUUGAAGCCACACAGGCUGUGGUAUUUUGUUACGGCAGCCAGAGCAGCCCUGGCAAAGUCACGUAAACACUCCAGAAACAGCCACCAUGACUGGGCAAGAGGGAAUCCAGUCACCUUCCAGGACUGACGUUUCAUGCUGACUGGUCUCAAACCAAUCUUCUCAAAUCUUUUCUUGGGAAAGCGCAAAUGCUAGGUGAGCCA